AUGGUGAGGAAGAAAGAAUGUUGGUUUCCUUACGCAGUGAGUGAGGUACCGGAUCCAACCGAUUAUACUGGGGAAGUUAAUCUGAGAGACUUCUGGGAGUCUCUGUCUUUGAAUAUUAUUUCCCUUGGGUUUGUAAAGGUUGGGGAGGAGAAUCCUUUUGUUGUCAAGCCGACCUUUGGUUUUUGGGCACCGUGGAUUGGACCAGAAACUCGAAAAUCUGAUGUGGUUUUAAACACAGAGUGGGAAAAAGUACACCGCCCAGCAAAAACAAAAGAGCAGGCAGAGCUAGACAUCACUGAAGACAGACUUCUCGAGGAAGUCAUGAAAAUGAAGGUUGAUGAUGUCAAGAAACUGUGCAAAGCUUGUGGGGUGGAUCCCUGUGGUUCAAAAACAGACCUUAUCCUCAGGCUUCAUAAUGAGAUUAGGAGUAGGAGUACUUAUGAUAAGAUUUUUGAGAAAAUAUGGGGUGCAUCAGGAGGCUGGUCUGCAGUUAUGUGUCCAUGUGGAGUGGUAUACAGCCUGAAAUUCAACAUGAGAGCGGAAAGUCCAAGAGACUAUGUUGAUAUUUUACUGUCCUGGCAACAUUUACCAAAUGUUACCAUUUAUGAUUUUGCCAGAGGUCUGGCAACACAUGGGAAUCUGAGGGACCCGUUGAUGUUGCCAUUUGCUCCACAUGAGGGAAGACUACUUUGCCCUACAGAAGAAAACAUUUCUUUAGCCAAAGAGGGCGAGGUAAAGGUUAAUCUUCCCUGGUUAACAGAGCCACGAAAUCCCCCCGAUAUCAAUGGGCAUCCUACAACAGGAAGUUCAGAGCAUUAUGUGCUAUAUGAUAAACUACAUGAAACGAAUGCGAAAGAUCCCAAGGAUUUUUUAAGAAGAACUGCUCUGGUGCCAGAACUGGCUGGGAAGGUUAAUACCCAAGUAGUAGAACAAUUCUUUUCUCAAAUGGAGAAAAACAACUACUUUCUGAACAUGAUGGCACCCAGCUCUCAGAUCUUUCUAAUUCGUAAUAUAGUCCACCAUCACAACACCCAGCUUAACACCUCAAGGGUGGAGAAAAUAGAGAAGUUAAUGGGAACCAGACAAACCUUCAUGAACAAGAAUGGGCAACUUAUUAUAGGUCUAUCUCAAGAUAUCCCAAAUGCUGACACCAUUAAGGUUCUGCAAAAAGAUGAGGCUAUUACUAAACUGCAGAAUGUCAGUGCUAGCUCCAGGUGUUGGCAACAUCCAUUGAACGCAGAACUACAGGACAAGGUUUCACGUGUACUGGAUGAGGCCAUGGAUCCUAAGGAGCAUAUUGUACGCGUCUAUGGUGAAACACUUACCCGUGAGGACUUCUUGACAUUAGGACUACAGAAGAAUGUAGAGGCCAUGAUUCUGAAUUCCUGUCUAAGGGUUAUUGCACAAAUUGGGUCCAUAAGGAACAUUGACAUCUGAGUGACCAGCAGUUACAUUUCAGUGACCUGGUUACCACCGGCCUCUGCAAACCCAUUGGACCAUUUUUCUGUACGUUUUUUUUCUGUGUAUAUACUUUUUUGUGUCUCCUAAAGAUUUAUAACACUUUGUGUGUGGAUAAAUUAUUCUUUAAAGGUGGACAUUUGCAACAAAGAUGUCAUUUUACUUCCAUCUUGGAAACCAGGCCUUUUAAAGUGGGAACAAGGCCAUUGGAUGAUUGCUGUAAGUUAAUAUUUCAAAUGAGACCAUACUUAUACUUUAAGUGCAAAGGGUUCAUGAACUGUAUCUGUUUUAGUCCCGGUAUGCAAU